UCAGCGACGGGUUCUCCUUGUGUGAGCGCCGCGUGCGAGAGCGCGAGAUUCCUGCGAUUCCACGCGAGAGACACCGACGAGAAAAACACACGGGGAAAGAUUUUGAGAUUUUCGCGCGAAAGAUCGAUGUCGUCGCGCGAAUCGAUUAGGCACACUCGCGGAUCUCAUCGAACAACUCCCCCCGAAUUACAACUUCGUCUAAAAUUGAUCGAUCAGUUUCUCUCGAUCUCUCAAUGCAACUUCGAAGAUAAGACACUCGAGAGAAAAAAAAUUGUUUUUACAAUUAAUUUACGGGGGAAUAACUUCAGCACGCACGCACGCACGCAUUAUUUUCUCAUCAAAACUUUGUUUAAUUAAUUGUGACUCGAACCUGGAGCGAUGGUUAAAUCAGAGAUUCGAUCGGAAGAACGUUCUCGAUGCGUCGACUUGCGACACAAUUCGUAACAAGAAAAACAAUUUGUGAAUUAAAACACCGAUCCGAUUAAAAUUAUAUUUCUCAGUUUUGAACAAACCGCGGAAUACUUUCGAUCUCUCCGUUGCUCUACUUUGAUCAGAGAAAUCUUCGAGAUUGCGCAAUCCGCUAGGUGUCAGAUCGCAAAACAUUUUAUAAGAAGCGAAUGCAAAAUAUGACGUGCCGCGCCGUGUGAUUGCGACACGAUAAAGCAUGCAGAAGAAGAGUCGAUCCUUUCAGCGCGCACGUCGAUCGCAACGAUCGAUCACGUGUUAAACGAGCGACGACGUUCGAGAGAAUCGAACAACUCACUGUUUUUUUCCUCCUCGCAUGAAGAAAGUGAACAUCGACCAUUUCGAGAUAUGUUGUUUCGAUGAUCAAAAUUGAGAAGUUUAUCUUUGCAAAAAAAAAAAAAACAAAAAAAAACAAAAAUGUGACAACCGGUAUUUAAUGAAUGAAUUGUCGCUCGUUAAAAUCGACAACUUACAGAGAGACGGUUCCCGUAGAACGACGUGUAUAAAUUUUGUCGUGAAAUCGACUCGUCCGACGGCAUUCUGACGGAAUUAUCGCGUAAUACUGACGAGGAGCUACAAAAGGUGGCCGAUUAAAGAACCGAUCGCGAGAAGAAACCGAGCCGAGAUUUAUGGGAAUCGCGCGAGCGACGGCCGAGGAAGAAAGUGUCGUGCGCGAGCAAUAAUUAAUGACGGUAUCCGAUUACAAAAAUAAAAAUAUCAUAAUUAAAGACUAAUUGUGUUUGUAAAAUGACACUUGUGAUAUAUAGACGUGACUUUGUACGUGUGUAUUUUUAUUUAGCACAUCUGUUACAAGCUGUUUAUUAAAGUGUUCUUUAAUAACGAAAAAAAAAAACACUGUUUUGAGAGACAGAAGUAUGUUAUUAAAUUUCUACGCUUUCAAAUUUGUUUUCCGUUAAUGUGUGGAAAAAAAAAAACUUGAUACUAAUUGAUUCGUCCGACGUAAACGUUCGAAAUGAAAGAUGAGAGAGAGAGAUUAAUGUGUGGUCAGGAUCACAAACGGAAUAACACAAAAGACCGAGACUAAUCUAACGAUGAGAGUGUGAAAUUGAAAUCUGGUGAAAAAAAAAAAAGAAAAAAAAACACGGUCAGUCAUAAAUCUCUCACCACGCGACGAUGCGCGACAACGGAUGUCAACAUACUUAUCUUUCGAUUAUUGUGCCAAUAAUCAUCAUGCGAUCGCAAUUCCUUACCUCGUUACACGACGAAGUCCAUAAAUGUCACCUGCGGACGUGAUCGAUCGAUCACAUGUUGGGAGAGAGACGACGAGUGAAUCGCGACGCGAAUCGGUAUCAACAAAGGAAUUUUACAUCACAAAUGCGACCUGGAACGACAUCCGUUAACGUAACUAAAUACUUUGUAACUAAAUACUCUUAUAAAAUCUCUUUAACAAGCAAAAAGAGAGAGAAAAAAAAAACCGUAGUGGAAUCGUGUGAACGACCAAAAGUUUGAUCGGCAAAACGACGAUGGAACCGGUUUUUCGCGCUCAAAUUUACGACGAGAAUUGGGAGUAAGAGAAUAAUAAUUUAUACAAGGAGAACCGUUUUAUAUAAUUAUGGCAUGAGAUAAGUCUCAUGUAAAUGAACUUGUCAUUGAGAAACGCGCGGUUGUUUUUUUUUUUUUCUUUCGUGUGUGUGUUGAGGUCACACCAAAUAGAGCAUGAUGGGAGAGGUGAUACGCGUUUCGGGUAGGGCACCGGAUGUCGGCGACAUCCUUAAGGAGGCCAUACUGUCGCAGCGAUUCGCCGACGUGACCCUGUGCUGCCCGGGAGGCCAGAGAUUUCUAGCUCAUCGCCUGGUCCUGUCCGCAGCGAGCCCGUAUCUUCAGGAAGUGCUGCUUGCGCACAGCAAAGCCGCCGCUCAUUGCGAGCCGAUUACAGUGAUCCUGGCUGAGAUGGAGGCGCCGGAACUCGCGGCAUUACUUGGCUUCGUUUACACCGGAAGCGCCACGGUGCCGCGAGUGCGAUUAAAUGCUUUUCUGCGGGCUGCGGAGACCCUGCGCAUUCGGCUUCCGCCGGUGCCCAUGAUCGCGAGCACUUGCGGCGAGCAAACGACCGAUUGCAAACCGGAGGACAUGAAGGACGUCAAGGUCUGUUCCAAGUAUCUGCAGUGCGAUCAGUAUCCCUGGUACAGUCCCGGAAGACCGUCCUGUGAAAAUAUAGCCGACAAGAAGGAACCCUGUGCGAGAAAUUUUUUAACGGACGACAACAUAAAUAUUCUCCGAGACACCAGAAUGUUGCACGAAUUCAACACAACGAAUCCCGGUCCGUCGUUCGGUCAUGCUGGCAUUUCGAACGCGUGGUCACGCGUCGGUUCUCUGCAUCAGGAUGGAAGAAUCGGCGAUCGUUCCGCGGAAAAGUGUUACGGCUCGAUGAUGCUCGCUGAGAGAAAUCUCGCGAUGGCUCCCGAAUCGUCGUCCUUCGAUGUGUAUCAUCGAGGCGCGUGUCUUUCCAACGGAGGACCGCCCGCGGAGGGAUACGCCGAUCAUCUGGAGAGAAUCAGAACGGGAUACGAAAGACUGCAGGUGGACUGUCCGAUGGACAAGCCGAUGAGCGUUCUCGGUUCGGAGAGCGAAUUUUGCGGCAGGAUGCGAGGAGACGCGGAUUGCCCCUACCAAGGUGUUGUAUCGUCCUUGCAGUGCGCAGUCACUGGCCGGACGAGGUCGUUCGAGAAGUCUUCCGAUUAUUCCACGCAGACGGCGGGCGAGGAUCUCAGCUGCGGCGAAAGUUGUUGUAGGUGGAGAACCGCCCGCAGACACGUGGCCAAUAGCGUCACCGCGUCGCCGUGGCGCCAAAUCGUCAGGCCUCAUCAUUCACCGAGAACCCCGCGACCCGUCCUCGCGCCCCAACGUCACGCCGAUGACGAAAUUCAAAAGAAGCCCCCGGAACCGACUCGAUCGACGGUAAUAUCGAUCAGUCCGAAGAUUCAUUCUCCGAGAAACGACGGACUUUACGCGUUCGAGGUUCCCGCUUACGAGACGAGUUUUAACGGCGACACCGCCGCGAGACCGCCGCCACCGCCGCCACCGCCGCCGCCACCGCCGUCGUCGCUACCGCGCGAGACGAUCAGCGGCAACACGAUCGGUUGCGGUUCAGACGUGAAGACCCAAGAAGUGGUCUACCAAUCGCCCGUUUCGUUCGCUCCCUCUAAUCAGAUCGCGCCGCACGCGACGAGAAACACCAGCGAAUCGGCUCUCUCGAGUACCGGCAACGCGGCGAUCGCGUCCGCGCAAUUGUUGCCCCGCAGCAACAACAACGAUAACAACAGCGUUAUCACCAAUACCGGCAGAAUAACCGGCGAGUAUUCGACGACGCAAACGACAACGGUGCCGCGAACGCCGACGAAACCCGAAUUGUCGCACCCGAUCAGCAGGCUCUGCGACACGAUCGAGUCCGAUUCCGAAAAGAAGGAAACCUCGUCGUUGGAAACGACGGAGAAGAAGGGGGUGGACGAGAGUGUCGCGAGGAUCUUCAGCGUCAACAGCGACAGCAACAACAACAACGAGACAAUCGUCGGCGCGGAGGGAGGAGCAGCUCAGCGCGGACGACCGGCCGUUGAUGAUCACAGGUGCGAUCAGUGCGGAAAGACCUUCGUCACGAGGGCGUCGCUCAAGGUGCACAGCCGCACGCACUCCGGCGAGAAGCCGUUUCGCUGCGCGGACUGCGGCAAGCAGUUCUCGCAGCUGCGCAACUACAAGUACCACCGCAGCGUUCACGAGGGCACGCGGGAGUUCGCGGCCACCUGUCCGGAAUGCGGCAAGUACUUCAACGACCGUGGCUACCUAAGCUCGCACAUGAAGAUCCAUCGGAACCGCAAGGAGUACGGGUGCGCGGAAUGCGGCAAGAGCUUUAACCAGCGGGUGGCCUACAACAUGCACGUGCGCAUACACACGGGCGUGAAGCCGCACCAGUGCGACCAGUGCGGCAAGGCGUUCUCGCGCAAGAUGCUUCUCAAGCAGCAUCUGAGGACGCACUCGGGCGAGCGGCCGUACCAGUGCCAGGUCUGUCAGAAAGCGUUCGCCGAUCGCUCGAACAUGACCCUGCACACGAGGCUGCACUCCGGUCUGAAACCGUACCAGUGUUCCCUCUGCUCCAAGGCUUUCACCAAGAAGCACCAUCUCAAGACUCAUCUGAACUAUCACACCGGCACCAAGCCGUACUCGUGCUCGAACUGCGGCGGCAAGUUCUCGCAGAGCAGCAACAUGAGGACCCACUUCAAGAAGUGCAUCGUCAACAACGCCGCCGGGACCGCGAUCAAGUCCGACGUCGAGGUCGAUCGCGUCGAUGCCGAGAGCAACGCGCCGCCGCAGAUGGUCCUGACGCCACCCAACUCGGAUCAGGAGUCCAGCAUCUUGACGCCGAUCUCGAAGAACGUCGUCGCGACGGACGGCAACACGUAACGAAUGUUUUUUCUUUACGAAUCGAGGAAAUAUCGUGAUAGUAGCACAUGUUUCGCGGAAGACAUUCGGGCCGCAAGUAGACCGCUUUGCGGUUUUACGAAGCUUUCUACGCGAAUGAACGCGUAAGCAUUUUUUUUUUUUUUUUUUCGAGGAGACCGAACUACCAUCUGACGUGGUGUGUUAAAAAUUUAAUUAUCAGUAAGCUUUCGCAUUAUUUCGAAUUGAUUAGCAUGUUAAACAGCGCCAGUUUUGUUUUCGAAUAAUCCGCUGCUUGCGGUUAGCGGAAAUAAAAUUCGCGAGGUAUCGGAAGUACGUGGAUAGUAUACGAGAAUAUCAAUGCACUGUGCCUUCUAGUUCCUGUAUUUAUUCAACUAAUCAGUUGUACAUACACAGAUCUUCAUGUGUUAACUCGAUCUAAUAUUUAAUAGUUAAUUAAUUUAAUUCAAUUAAUAUUUUAUAGAUCAAUUCAAUCUAAUAUUUAAUUGUUCGAAGUGCGUGUAGAAAUAAGUUUUUUUUUUUUUAAGUAACACGUCGAAUCGAGAGUGUUGGCAAAUUUUAAACUCUCCGCCAAAAGGUUUAUCUUUAACAAAUCCGCUUUCAUCUUUCGCGUUGCAUAGAUUGAUAAAUUCCUCUCUCUCUCUCUCUCUCUCUCUCUCUCUCUCUCUGUCUCUUUAGCUAUAAUUUUACCUUGCGUUUAUUAAAUUCCUGCGCGGUAACAUUGCUCUUAUAACAGAAGUGAUUUCAAGAAUUCACGGAUUAUGCGUCAUUCCUUCGCUUCGUGUAUCGUUGCGGAUACAAUUAAUAGCCCCUUCGCCGAAACUGCAACAUGUAAGAUUGCGGCAACACGGUUAAGUCCAAUUGCCGGUGUGUUUUGCAACACACAACGCAAACUCAAUCGAAAAGUCCCGCGCGGUCGUUCGUAGGGAAGUAUCUCCUCACAUUUGAAAGUAACCGUCACUCGCGAGCUUCCAUAUCAGCGCGAAUGACGUCCGCACACAGAUCUUUUCCAAUGAAAUGCCCCUAUUUGUUCCUAGAACGCAACUUUGUUAGCGAUUGAAUUGAUUUUUUUUUUCCACAGGCAAAAAACCACGUCGUUCUAUUGAAUUAAACAUCUCGCGAGCGGAUCGCGAAUGUUAUUCCAGAAAUGGAGAUUUUUGUAAAGGAACUAUAUAAAAAAAAAACUUGACGGAUGAGAAAAUUGACGAAACCUGUGAUUUGUGAACGCAAUUUUUCAACUCAAAUUUAGAAUAAUAAUCUUAUUGAAUUUAAACAAAAUUUUUUCAUAAACAAAAAACGAAAUAAAUUCUUCCUCUCUCAUAUCUCUAAGUUUAAAUUAAUUAACGAUUAUUUAAACAACUAAGAAUAUAUGUGAUAAAACCAGUGAGUUAUUUGAAACAUAAUGUAUAUUUAUAAUGCGGUGUAUAUUAUAUCAAUUAACAAACUCGUAUUAGUAGGAAAUUGCGUAUAACAUAUGCGUAUAUAUGAUGAUAUA